GCGCACCCCAUGAGUAUGAGCAUGCUGUCUGUGCCACAGCAGCCUACUACUGCCGCCUACAAGUCCAUAUGUGAUACAUCAAUCAUUGAUACCUCCAGUGAGUACACAUGCACAUCAGCUGCAACCUCCAGUUACUAGCCAGCAGGCAUCAGCUAUGCCACCUAAUGCUAGCUUUGCUCAGCCACCCUCAUUCCUGCACCUCCCCCACACACAUUCUGCAUACCCUGGUACAGAGCUACUGUUUGCCUCAGCUUAUGGCAUCCCACAACCUAAGCUACCAGUGUUUGAAAGUGGUAAUGAGAGUGACUUUGCCCUGUUAAAAUUGGCAUUGGACAAUUUGUUAAGUAAUCACAGCUAUCUCAGUGAGCAGUACAAAUACCACGUCCUGUUAAGCCAUUUGAAGCUUCCCAGUGCUCAGCAGCUAGCUAAAGCCUACAUGUAUCAUCCGCAUCCAUACUCAGCUGCGCUGCAGGUACUUCAGGACAAGUAUGGGCAGCCAAGACAACAUGUGCAGUCCGAGCUGGGUGCCAUCAUGAACAGUCCACCACUUAGACUGGGCGAUGCUAAUGCUUUUGACUCCUUUGCCUUAUCGGUACAAUUAUUGGUAGGCAUGUUGAGGACUCUUGAAGGCCAGAAUGGUUACGAGCUCAUGUGUGGCUCUCAUGUGGAUCGUCUGCUCAGCAAGUUGCCACCUGCCUGUCGUGAUAGCUUUGUUGAAUAUUGCCUGAGCAAGAGUAUUCUCCAGACAGGCACAGACAAAACCUAUACACUCCCUGAUCUGGCCACCUGGUUAGAGAUUAAGUCCCAGGCGAAACGCAUUUCCAGCCGAGCUGCGGCCUUGUUUCAGAGUGACUCACCCAAGUCCCAUGGUAAACCUACAACAUCUACCCGUCCAAAGGAGCGAUCUACACCUGUUCUGUUCACCAGUGAGAGAGGCACAAAGGGCCCUGAUGCUGCAGCACAGAAAUCUAGCUCAAAGCCCAGGCCAUACUGUCCUCAGUGUGAUAGCAGGGACCAUUACCUCAAUGCCUGUGACCAGUUUAAGAAACUAACUACAGCUCAAAUUAUCACUUGGAUUAAAGAGGGAAAGCGCUGCUGGAGGUGUGGCCGAACACAUGCAGUGGAGGUCUGCAACCUCAAGCGUCCAUGUGGUGUCUGUAAAGAGUUACAUUUUACAGUUCUGCAUGAUUCUGUUAAUGACACUUCCAGGGCUGUUCUCAUGGUCAGUUUGCCACCUACCAGGAUUUACCUUGAUCGUCCUAACCGUUCACCCAAGGUCAUGCUGAAAGUGGUUAAAGUCCUUCUACACAGUGGUCAACGAACUAUGGAAACACAUGCAGUUCUUGAUGAUGGGUCAGAGAGAACAAUAGUGCUUCAGCCAGUAGUGCAGCAGCUUAAAUUAUCUGGUACCCCUGAAUUACUCCCCUUGCAGACAAUUCACCAGUGCCACACUGAACUCGCAGGAUCAUCUGUAUCUUUUGAAGUGUCGUCAGUAUCCAAGCCUAUGAGGAAGUUUGCUAUACACAAUGCAUUCACUGCUACCGGUCUGUGUCUAGCAGAGCACGACUGUCCAGUUGCUGCUCUCCAGAAGGCUUAUCGACACCUGAAGGACCUGCCACUGCCUCCUAUGGACAGAGUGAAACCACUGCUUCUUAUUGGGUCUGACAUGCCGCAUCUCCUGACACCAGUUCAGCCCAUAUGCAAAGGUCCAGUAAGUAGCCCAUUGCUGUUCAUACACAACUAGGAUGGUCUCUCCAAGGCCCGAUGAGUCCCAUGCAGCCCUCACGGGGAAAUCAGCAGUGCCUCCCCAUUAUGACAGUUCCAACCCGUGAUGACCUGAUCCAUCAUGUGGAAAGACUCUGGCAAGUUGACACCCUCCCAUACAAUACCAAGAUGGUUACCAGGUCCAAACAGGACAAAGAGACUUACACCUUGCUG